AUUUUAUUUGUUAUUUCUCGAUCUAAACCCUCCCUCUCUCUAGAAACCAAAAGAAACCCUAGCUCUCCUCCGUCUCUCACGGUUAAAAAAAGGGAAUUUCAAAAAUUAUCUAAAAAUUUAAUUACUAAAAUCGACAAAUCUGUUAGGGUUACAAAUCGAAAUUCACAGAUUCGUGCCCUAAUCCAUGUUUCGUGCGGGUGAUCUUUAUGGUUUGCUCGAGAAAUCAAAGUUUCAGAGGGUUCCGAUCCAGGUGCUUAUGCGGUUUUCUCUAUUUUGUUGUUAAUUUUGUCAAUUGUGAUUUCAAAUGAUGUCAAUUGUUUGACGAUUAGAGUGUGAUCGUUGAUUUGUGCGUUAUUUUUUGGUAUUUUAUUACUUGGGGGAUUUUUUUGAAGUGAUUUUUGGUGUUGUUAUUGGUGUUCACAGAUCUGAAAAUGUAUGAUGGAAUUUGAAAAUUGGGGAUUUCGGGUAUUGGUGUUUAGACCGAGGCAUUGUUCAUGGAAAAUAGAAUAGGAAGUUCUCAUGAAGCGGAAAUUCCUAAGAAAUCGAGAUCUUUGGAUCUCAAGAGUCUUUACCAAUCCGAGGGUUCAAAAGAGGUACAAACUAAGAACUUGAAGAGGAAGGGUGGCAUAGAUGUUAGUGCUGUUGAUAAGAAACAUGAGAGGAAGAAGAGCAGAAAAGCAGUAUCUGUCAGUAGUUUCAGAAAAGUCAAUGGCAAUGGCAGUAAGAGUUUAGAGGAAGUGUACAAUGGCAGUUUGAGUUCAGGUUCACAUGAUUCAAAGGACUCAAAGGAUGUCUUGAAUCAGCGGUCGAAUCAUGGUAGUGGGUUUAGUAACAUGUCACAAACGUUAGAGGGUAGUUUUAUCAAAAUCCCUAGGCGUAAACGUGGUUUUGUGGGACGGAGAAAAGUUGAGAAUGUUAUUCAACUGUCCAAGACUGCUGCGCUGUGUAGUGGUGAAGUGGGCAAUGGUGAUCAGGUUGUUAAAUUAACUGGCAAAGACACAGGCAAGCAGGUCAAGCCUUUGAAGGUUAAACAGAAGAAAGCUUCUGAUGAAUUUAAAGAAAAUGGAAAUGCUGAAACAAAUUCAGGUAAGGAUUUGGAGCAAGAAGCUGAGCGUCCUGAUCAUUUAGUUGUAAAUAGUGGGGAUUUAUCUAUGGAGAAAUCUCACACUGGCCAGUUUGUUGAGAAUAAUGGUGAUUCAUCUUCAAGGAAGUCACUGAGGAAGCGAAGUAGGAAAAGAAAGGGUAUGGUGCCUGAUGGUAAAAGUGUUGCUAAGGAGGCUCAGCCAUCAAUUGAUAGUGAUAAGAUCAGUGAUGAUUUGCCAGAUGAUGAGGAGAACCUUGAAGAAAACGCUGCAAGGAUGCUAUCAUCACGGUUUGACCCUAGCUGUACUGGCUUUUCCUUGAAUAGCAAAGUCUCCUCCUUGCCAUCUGCGAAUGGCUUGUCUUUUUUAUUAUCAUCAGGACAGGAAUUCACUGCCCAUGGGUCUAAUGAUGUCUCAGGAUCUGAAUCUGCAUCUGUUGAUACUGCUGGUAGAGUAUUGCGACCAAGGAAACAGCAUAAAGAGAAGGGUAACUCAAGAAAACGGCGCCAUUAUUAUGAAAUUUUCACUGGGGACUUGGAUGCCUAUUGGGUAUUGAACCGGAGAAUUAAGGUUUUUUGGCCUUUGGACCAGAGUUGGUAUUAUGGCCUCAUUAGUGAUUAUGAUACAGUGAAAAAGCUUCAUCAUGUGAAAUAUGAUGAUCGGGAUGAGGAAUGGAUUAAUCUCCAGGAUGAGAGAUUCAAACUCUUGCUGCUUCCUAGUGAAGUUCCAGGUAAGCGUCAGAGGAAAAGAUCUGCGGCAAGAGUGGAGCGCUCUAAUGGGGAAAAUGGAAAAUUGAAGCGCAGGAAAGAGAAGAAGAGAGACUUGGCUACAGAGGAUGAUAAUUAUAUGGGGAACUACAUGGAUUCAGAGCCUAUCAUCUCAUGGUUGGCACGUUCUUCUCAGAGAGUUAAAUCUUCCCCUUUUCAUGCCUCAAAGAAACAGAAAGUUUCAACUCUAUCUCUGACUUCAGGGCCACCAUCAUUGACUGAUGAUGGUGUUAGUAGACAUGAGCAUUUGGAUGGGGGUUCGCGGAACAAGGAUAUAAGCAAUUUAUCUGGUAAUUCUGGCUUUCCAGGUAGAUUUGCUGCUGGUGGAAGGAUUGAGGUGUCUCCCUUGGAAAACCCCUUUCAUCCCAAGGAUAACAAGCUUCCGCUUGUUUAUUAUAGGAAGCGAUUUCGCAAUUCAUACAGUGUGCCACGUCAUUCAUUUGAAGCCAAUCAUGUUUCCACUAGUCUACCUGAAUCUGAUACUUCUCUUGGUCCUGUUGGUGUUUCUUCUGGACCAUUGGAAAAGCAACAUAUUUCUCUGGAAAGAUUGGAUCCUGAUGAGGCUUUGGAAAAGUUGGAUACUGUUGAGGCUUUAUGGUUGACUGAUGUUACAGGCCUUCUAAAAUUAAAUGUUCAGUUAAUGGAAUCAAGACGGUUCAGGUUUGAGUUAAGCUUUCCAGUACUUUCUACCUGCAAUUACUCAUUUGGCACAUAUCAUCCUUGGUUCUUUCAUGCGUUACUGCUGCUUCAGUAUGGUACACUGAUGACUAUGUGGCCAAGGGUCCAUUUGGAGAUGCUUUUUGUGGAUAAUAUGGUUGGAUUGAGAUUUCUUUUGUUUGAAGGUUGCUUGAAGCAGGCCAUAGCCUUUGUUUUCCAGGUCCUGGCUGUAUUUCAUCCACCUACAGAACACAGGAAAUUUGCUGACUUGCAGUUGCCAGUUACUUCGAUCAAAUUCAAAUUUUCUUGCAUCGAUGAUUUCAGGAAGCAGCUUGUGUUUGCAUUCUACAACUUUGUUGAAGUGAAAAUUUCAAAAUGGAUGGAUCUAGACUCGAAGCUUAAAAAACAUUGUUUGCUUACUGAGCAGCUACCUCUAUCAGAAUGCACUUAUGAUAACAUUAGGGCACUUCAAAAUGGAACUAGUCAGUUACUCAGUUCUUCUGUUUGCAAUGUUUCCUCAAGAAUUAAGGGCCGAAUAAGGAGGUCUAGGCAGUGUAUGAGCCUUGUGGGUGUUUCCAGAGAAUCUACUUGUAUAAAUGCCAGUCCAUCAUCUUCCAGUUCUGACAAGUCUCACAGAUGGUUCCCUCCAUUUGCUCUUUCUUUUACCGCUGCACCUACCUUCUUUUUGGGUUUGCAUCUUAAGCUGCUUAUGGAACAUAGUGUUACUCGCCUCAGCUUUCAUGAUCAUGUCUCAAUGGAGCAUCCUGAAAACUCUGGUAGUUUUCUGGCAGAUGACUGUUCUAGCGGGGAGGACUGCUCUAACAAAGAUUCAGAAAGCACUCCUGAGAAUAAUUGCAAGGCUUCUUCAAGAGAUAUUGAUUAUAACGAAUUUAUCUCUUGUUCUAAAACUGUGCCACAAGCAGUUGAUAUUUCUGUUACCAGUGUUGGUGAUUGGAUGAAGCCCUCUCUAAAGCACCAUAAUAGUGAUGUAACUGUUGAAAAUUCUGCCAUAUUCAAGGAUCCUGGAAAAUUGGGAAAUGAUGCUGUUGGCUCACCGCAAAAGUUGCAAUUCCAUCAUUCGGAGUCUGAACGAUGCCAUCUAUCACCGAAGCCUCCAGUUGAUCGAGAUAAGUCUGGUACUGGUUCUCAUUCUCUUCUCAAUGGUAUUACUGUUGAAAUUCCAUCCUUCAGUCAAUUUGAUAAGCAUGUUGAUAAGGAAUUACAUGGUGCUCAACCAUCUACUGAUUUGUCCUGGAAUAUGAACGGUGGUGUUAUCCCUAGUCCAAACCCUACUGCUCGCAGAAGUACUUGGCAUCGAAAUAGAAAUAGUUCUACAUCUUUUGGAUACCUUGCACAUGGAUGGGCGGAUGGAAGGGUUGACUUUCUUCAGAAUAAUUUUGGUAAUGGACCGAAGAAGCCACGCACGCAGGUCUCUUAUGCAUUGCCUUUUGGAGGUUUUGACUACAGCUCAAAGAAUAAAGGCCAUUUACAGAAAGGGUUUCCACAAAAACGGAUUAGGACAGCAAAUGAAAAGCGGUCAUCAGAUGUUUCUAGAGGUUCUGAAAGAAACUUAGAGUUGUUGUCUUGUGAAGCAAAUGUCUUGAUUACACUUGGUGAUAGAGGUUGGAGAGAGUGUGGGGCACAUGUUGUAUUAGAGCUUUUUGAUCAUAAUGAAUGGAAGCUUGCCGUAAAAAUUUCAGGAAUUACAAAGUAUUCCUACAAGGCACAUCAGUUUCUGCAGCCAGGGUCAACAAACCGAUUUACUCAUGCUAUGAUGUGGAAAGGAGGAAAGGAUUGGAUAUUGGAAUUUCCUGAUAGGAGUCAGUGGGCUCUUUUUAAAGAGAUGCAUGAAGAGUGCUAUAAUCGGAACAUCCGUGCUGCAUCUGUUAAAAACAUUCCAAUUCCUGGGGUUUGCUUGAUAGAGGAAAAUGAUGACAAUGGAAUUGAAGUUCCAUUUGUUCGAAGUUCAUCCAAGUACUUUCGGCAGAUUGAAACUGAUAUUGAGAUGGCUUUGGAUCCAAUGAGGGUGCUAUAUGACAUGGAUAGCGAUGAUGAGCAGUGGAUGUCGAAACAUCGAACUUUUUCAGAAGUUUCCAACAGUACAUGGGGGAUAUCUGAGGAUAUGUUUGAGAAGAUUGUGGACAUGUUUGAGAAGGCUGCAUAUUCUCAACAAUGUGACCGGUUUACAUCUGAUGAAAUAGAAGACCUCAUGGCUGGACUCGGUCCAAUGGAAGUAAUCAAAAUUAUCCACGAGUAUUGGCAGCAGAAGAGGCAGAGGAAGGGGAUGCCUUUAAUCCGUCAUCUCCAGCCACCACUAUGGGAGAGGUAUCAACACCAGGUGAGGGAGUGGGAGCUAGCAAAAAGUAACACGACUCUUGCAAGCCAUGAGAAGGUUGCACAUGUUGAAAAGCCUCCGAUGUUUGCUUUCUGCUUGAAACCGCGGGGGUUGGAAGUGCCAAACAAGGGAUCUAAACAUAGGUCACAGAGGAAAAUUUCAGUUACUGGCCAAAGCAAUAUCUUCUCAGGAGAUCAUGAUGGUUUCCAUGCUUAUGGAAGAAGAUUAAAUGGAUUUGCAGCCGGGGAUGAAAAGGCUAUAUAUCAAGGUCAUAACUAUGAACCUUUUGAUGAUUCUCCAGUGCCUCAAAUAUCACCGAGGGUGUUUUCUCCUCGGGAUGCUGGCGGCAAAGGAUACUUUUCAAUGAGCGCAGAUAGGUAUGAGAGGAAUCAUGUGCAGAAGCUUUACAGGAGCAAGUCAAAGAAACCUGGGGCAUUUAUGUUUCCUAAUGAUACUCAGAUGGUUGCUUCUUAUCAUCAAAGAAUGUUUGACAAGAGAAACCGAGCUCAUCGGUGGAAUAUAGGUUAUUCUGAGUGGCCAAACCAGCGGUAUUACCACGUAGAUGGCCCCAUAUGCCAUGGCUCUGAACAUUUUGAUAGUUCAGAUCUUGAUGAGUUCAGGUUGCGUGAUGCUUCUGGUGCAGCAAAGCAUGCACUUAAUAUGGCUAAACUCAAGAGAGAAAAGGCUCAGAGAUUGCUUUAUAGGGCUGAUCUUGCCAUUCAUAAGGCUGUGGUUGCCCUCAUGACUGCUGAGGCAAUAAAAGCUUCUUCUGAGGACUUAAAUGGUGAUGGAUAGAAUGAGAAAAGAAAGAUGAGAUGAAAGGGUAGGAAAUGUGCCAGCCCUUCAGCAUGAGUUUCUUCAGCCCAAGAAUCCAGUUGUAGACUUCAAAUUUUUUGCUGGAGCAGCGUGGUGUUUUCUUUCUCAAUGGUAGUGGCCUUUUUGUCAUUUGCCGUUGGUUCAGAAGGGCUUCAAUCGAGAGGGUUAUGGCAGGUGGAGGGGAGUACAUUUUGCUUCUGCCUCUUAGUGUCAUUGUCACGGCAGUUUUGGUGUGACUUCACAGGUUUUCUACCCACUAGGUUUUUUAUUUUUAUUUUUUUAAUAUCCAGCAGCAGGUUUGCAUGCACUGGCCCUGCAGGUAAGGGGUGUAUGAAAUUUUGGCUACCAAUCUUUGUACAGAUUCUCCCUCCCCCCUUUUUAUGUUUCUUUUUGUCUUAACCUUGAUAUCAAAGUAGGAGUUGGCCGAAAUAAUACAGCACCCCUUGGAAUUGAAUCAAAAAUUCCUGUCUGAUUGAAUGUUGGAGCAUUCACUAGAUAGAUAUGUAACAACCAGAACGUGUUAUCUCUUGAAAAAGAAGAGGGAAAAUCCUGUAAGUAAAUGAUCUUAUAAUUUUUCAUACAGAUUUAUUGGAGCUCAGAAGCUGCUGUUGCUUCCUUGCUUGUUUCA